GCUGGUGGUUUGAGCUUUGAACAUCACGCUACGUUGAAUAUGGAAGAAAUGGUCCACCGCCCUCCAAUGGUUCUUCUAUAAAUUUCUACCCUUUCCAUAUUCGCUUCUUCAUACCUUAUUCUCAACAAUUAUCUUCUUCUCCUUUUCUCUCCCGCUCUUUGAAUUUCCAAACUUAAAAAGCUAUGUCUCAGACUGUUGUUCUCAAGGUUGGUAUGUCAUGUGAGGGCUGCGUUGGAGCCGUGAAGAGAGUUUUGGGGAAAAUGCAAGGUGUGGAAUCAUAUGAAGUAGAUUUGAAGGAGCAGAAAGUGACUGUGAAGGGCAACGUCCAACCCGAUGCGGUUCUACAAACUGUGUCAAAGACCGGAAAGAAGACUACCUUCUGGGAAGGAGAAGCUCCGGCAGAAGCCAAGACAAAGCCGGCCACGGCUUAAAAUGUCUUAAGCCCUUAUUGAUUGAUUGAUUGGUGUGCUUAUAACAUUUCAAACUAUCCUAUUCCUAUGGACUGUAGAAUUCUUGGAUGAUUGUGAUUUACUUCCUGUGUUGGUAACUAAAAAUGGAAGAUGAUUUUCUUAUGAUA